AGGGAGCAGUGGCGAGGUGGUGAUAACAUCUGUGGAGACAAACAUGAAGUGCGCCGUCCUGUUCGGCCUCCUGGCGGUGGCCGCCGCCGCGCCGAUGGCCGAAGAGUCCGGCGCCUCCGUCUCCGAGAAGGAGUAUCCAGCUGCCGUCAAGAAGGCCCUCGAUGAGGCCCUGGAGGAGAGGCCCAAGAAGGCCCGCCAGCUGUUCCAUGAGGAUUUGGUACCGAGGAGGUCGCGGACGCUGCGCCGGCGGCUGAGGAAGCUGGAAAAGGACAGCGAGGAGGAGGGGGACAAGAAAGUAUCGGAGUCGUCUCCGGAGCUGGGUCAGGCGGAGGGCUGGUCACCGAUGGAGGUCAGCCCCAGGUCACACGCCCGCAGUCUGGACCUCGCCGACUCCGCCGAGCUGACCUCCGACGACUCCGUGUCCUCCGAGGGCUCCGGUUCCUCCGAGGACGCCGAGGACAGUGCCGCCUCCGCCGAGGACGGUAAGACCUCCAACUCGUACCUCUCGCCCCUGUACGCUCCGGCUCCGGGCGGCUACGGCUCCGGCUCCGGCUCCGGCUACGGCUACGGGUACGGUCCGUCCAUCUACAUCUUGCCGAUCGUGCUGCCGCCGCCGGGAGGUCACGGCGGUCACCCGGUGGGCCGGCACGUGGUGACCGAGACGGGACACCACGAGAGCCACCACUUCAGCGGCGGCCACGGCGCCGACUACCGGCCGAUCUACGCCGGGGCGCACGGAGUUCCCCCGAUCUACAUCCCGAAGGGGUACGGAGUCCACAGUGACGUCCACCACGGCGUCCACCACGGUGGAUACGGGGGACACACCUCUGUCCACCGCGAGGACAAGACCAUCAUCAGGGAUAUCGACCCGCCAGUCUUCAAGGCCUAAGCGGACACCCGAGUCUUCGUGACCCGCCAGUCUUCAAGGCCUGAGUGGAACGCGGAGUAUACGCCAUCCGUCAGUCUCCAAGGCCUGAGCGGACACCCGAGUCUUCCUGACCCGCCAGUCUUCAAGGCCUGAGCGGACACCCGAGUCUUCGUGACCCGCCAGGCUUCAAGGCCUGAGUGGGACGUGGAGCAUACGCCACCCGCCAGUCUUCCAGGCCUGAGUGGACACCCGAGUCUUCGUGACCCGCCAGUCUUCAAGGCCUGAGUGGGACGUGGAGUAUACGCCACCCGCCAGUCUUCAAGGCCUGAGUGGACACCCGAGUCUUCGUGACCCGCCAGUCUUCAAGGCCUGAGUGGGACGCGAGCGAAUUAAUUCAAUACUCGUCGGACUCGGUUUGAAUUGAAUUUGAGACCGAGCUCGGUUGUUUUUGUCUUUCAUUGAAUGUGUAGAGGGUUUUAGGGGAAAUGUGUGGUAAUGUUUUAGCGUAAAGUGUAGAUAAAUGUUGAACUUAAGACUUUUGUCUCGGUAAGUUUUUCGUUAGCUCAAAUACUGUACGUUGUGUUGUUAAGAAGCAGUGAUCUACACGAAAUUAUGUUUAGUAUAAUUGCAGACGAAUGAAAAGUACUCAAUGUUGCUUGGUCGUUAGUUAUUAAUUACCUGGGACGAUGUAUUCGUUUAAUUUGCUCAGUCUUUCGUGGGAAGCGUCAAUAAACUAAACGUUUUUAA